AUGCGCCUCUUCCUGAUCCCCAUCUCAACGAAAAGAGCAUUGAUAUACGCUCGACCCUUGCGGCGAGAUGCUGCAAAGGAACUUUCACUACUUGACCGGGCAACGAGCAAGGCUGCGGGGACAUGGGCCAAGUGGGAGGAGGCAGAGUCAGGAUGGAAGAAGCAUCUGGCCAGCUGGGGUAAUCGAGUUCAACAGCGAAUCCCCUUUGAGGAAUGGGGUUUAAAGAGUAUUCCAUCCCUCAAGCAACAGCGGCGCAUCGAUGAACACCACGGCACAAGACAGAUCGAUGUGCUGUAUCCUGCCAAUGCCAUUCGCCGAGAGAACAUCCCACAGAUGCUGCGCAAAAUUGCUACUGAGCGUCAGGAAUUUCAUAGGAAGCAAAUGUGGUGGAGCUUGGGGCUUUCGCCGCUGACCGCGCCAUUUGCAAUCAUUCCCAUAGUUCCCAAUAUCCCCUUCUUCUAUCUAGUGUAUAGAGGCUGGUCGCAUUGGCGCGCGCUGAAUGGAUCACGGCACCUGGAAUAUCUCGUGGAUAACGAUCUAAUCACGCCCAUGUCGAUGUUAGAUCUCGAGCAGCUUUAUGCCACGCGAGCAUCCCGUGUCUUGAACGACUCGCCAAUUGAUACUCCGCCAGCCGAGCUUGUCGAGGAUAUCGAGCAGAGCGAUGACCGAGUGUUGCUAAAGAUGUCGGAUGCGAAGAAAUUGGCCACCAUGCUCGAUGCUCCGGAGCUUGCUCUUGAGGCGGAGCGGGCAAUCGUUCAGGUUACCGAGCAGCUGGAGGCUCGGAGAAAGAAAGAUCAAGAGGCGCAGUCAGAGAAGAAAAAGUCAUGA